AUGAAAGUGAAACCAUAUGAAAGGAUUACAUUUAAGAGGAUCAUUAAAAGCAAGUCCACAGAGCAGUUCUCUGGAGUUCCCUAUGUGAUGACCUUGCUCAACUGUCUCCUCUCUGCAUGGUAUGGCCUUCCCUUUGUGUCUAAAAACAACAUCCUGGUCUCAACAAUCAAUGGAACAGGUGCAGUAAUUGAGUCCGUCUAUGUCUUGAUCUUCAUCAUCUAUGCACCAAAGAAGGAGAAGGCUAGAAUCAUGGCGCUUUUCGCUUUCGUCCUCACUGUCUUCUCUGCUGUGGCAUUGAUCUCCCUCUUUGCCCUCCAUGGUAAUGGAAGGAAGCUCUUAUGUGGCCUAGCUGCCACCAUUUUCUCCAUCAUCAUGUAUGCUUCACCACUUUCAAUCAUGAGGCUGGUGAUCAAGACAAAAAGCGUUGAGUUCAUGCCAUUUUUCUUGUCACUGUUUGUGUUCCUCUGUGGUACUUCUUGGUUCAUCUAUGGUCUACUCGGUCGUGACGCUUUCAUAACAGUCCCCAAUGGGUUUGGAUGUGGACUAGGUACUAUGCAACUGAUUCUCUACUUCAUCUACCGCGACAACAAAGGGUUGUCGUCUCCAGAAAUGAAGAAGCAACCACCAGGUAAUGGAACUGUUGAACUUGGAGCUGAGAAGCAAGGAAAUGGCAAAGUUCCUCAAGACGAACAAGUUUAAAAAUUUGGUCUACUGUCCCCAAAAUCAUGAAGUCUUUUUGUUUCAAUUCUUGCUGUUCCUUUUAGUUUGGAUCAGUGAGAGGAGAUGUCAAAAUUGACAAUUCUUCCAUGUAUUGGACUGCAACAUCAACUGUAAUCUCCCUUUGA